GUCCGUUCUCUCCUUAUUCCGAAGUACUGCAAUCCCGUGAUGCCGUUUCAUCGGCGACUGUAGCGCGUGCGCCGUUGAAGCUGACAAGAGGCCUUACUGGUCCAAAGCUUGUUUGCACCCCGCGUCCCUCUCCUUGAGGCAGUCGUGCCUUUUGGGAGGACGGGAAGAUGAGUAGCUCUGAGGAGGUAUCUUGGAUUUCCUGGUUUUGUGGUUUGCGUGGCAAUGAGUUCUUCUGUGAGGUGGAUGAAGACUACAUCCAAGACAAGUUCAAUUUAACUGGCCUCAAUGAACAAGUUCCCCACUAUCGCCAGGCCUUGGAUAUGAUCCUCGAUUUAGAACCAGAUGAAGAGCUGGAGGAUAAUCCUAACCAGAGUGACUUGAUCGAACAGGCAGCUGAAAUGCUCUAUGGACUUAUUCAUGCCCGCUAUAUCCUCACAAACCGUGGUAUUGCCCAGAUGCUUGAGAAAUACCAGCAGGGAGACUUUGGAUACUGCCCUCGAGUUUACUGUGAGAAUCAGCCUAUGCUGCCCAUUGGUUUAUCCGAUAUCCCAGGGGAAGCUAUGGUCAAACUGUACUGCCCCAAAUGUAUGGAUGUCUAUACUCCCAAAUCUUCCCGCCAUCAUCACACAGAUGGUGCCUAUUUUGGAACUGGUUUUCCUCACAUGUUAUUCAUGGUGCAUCCUGAAUAUCGGCCGAAGCGACCAGCCAAUCAGUUUGUGCCCAGACUUUAUGGAUUCAAGAUCCAUCCUAUGGCUUAUCAGCUGCAGCUUCAGGCCGCCAGCAAUUUCAAGAGCCCGGUCAAAACUAUCCGUUGAUUUUCUGUAUCCAGGUGCCCAGGAUCCUUCCCUGAAAACUUCCUUUACUCCAUUCAGGGCUGCUUAUACUUUGAUUUUUGGUGAAGUCCCCUAUGGACUGUUUGUCACUUUUGGCCUGGUUUUUAGUCUCAUUUCUGGUGCGUGGUUAAAAUGAAUAAUAAAACGAUUUCUGUUAAUUCCCAGAAACAAAGACUGUGACAGAUACAUUCAGUAGCCCACUUGAAUGUCAUAAUUUUGUGGGGGCUUUUUUUUUCUUUUUUAAAAAUAAAAAAAA